GUGGCUUUGGGCUUUGGGAGAGGGGCAGCACUCCUCUCAGUCGUCUUCAUCCCGCCCCGGCAGCGUGACAUCACCGCCUUGCAGCAAUGCCUUCCCUCCACGGACUCCAGCUAAACACACAUCAGCUCGAGGGCUCAAUGCUGGCAUGAGACAAGCGGCGUCCCCCUCCCUCGUCCCUCUGCGCGCGCACCACCACCGCCACCCUGUCCCGAAAAUGGAAGACUAGUCCACGCUAUUAGGUAUGUUUCCAUGAACUUGCUGCCUUAUAUCUGAAACCUAUUAUUGUUUUUUUUUUUUUCCCGAGCGUGAGGCUCGUUGGUGCCCGCAGGCCGCCGGUCCAGCAGAGCCCUACAUGUGCGAGCACAGCAUGAUGCUUCCCAGCCCAGUAACGUCAACCCCGUUUUCUGUCAAGGAUAUACUGAAGCUGGAGCAGCAGGCACAACACCUGCACGGGCCGUGGUCACUGCCAGGGCAGCAGCAGCAGCAGCAGGCCGACUGGCAGCCGCGCUUUCACAGUCCACCGUCUUGCGCGCUCGGUGGCGCGGACAGCCCGGGCUUCUCGGACAGCGAGGACAGGAUGGCCUUCCUCAACGCGCUCUCCGUGCAGGACGGCCUAGUGGAGAGCAGCCUCUCGCCCCCCAUGUUCGCCCACACGGCUCUGGGACACGUCGUGGAACCCAAGCUGGAGGAGGAUCCGGAAGAGCAUGAAGGCAAGGGCUGCGGCGCCGCGGUGCGCUCCCCGGACUGCGAGGCUGAGGUGUCGGACUCGGAGCGGGCGCAAAGGCCGCGCAGCAGGCGCAAGCCUCGCGUGCUCUUCUCGCAGGCGCAGGUCUUCGAGCUGGAGCGCCGAUUCAAGCAGCAGCGCUACCUGUCCGCACCGGAGCGGGAGCACCUGGCCAGCGCGCUCAAGCUCACCUCCACGCAGGUCAAGAUCUGGUUCCAGAACCGAAGAUACAAGUGCAAGCGACAGCGGCAGGACAAAACGCUGGAGAUGGCCGGACACCCUCACCCUCCGCCGCCGAGGCGCGUGGCAGUGCCCGUCCUGGUGCGGGACGGCAAGCCCUGCUUGUCCGGAUCACAGAAUUACAACGCGACCUACGCCGUGGCGCCCAACCCGUACACUUACAACGGCUAUUCAACUUACAAUAACGCCGCUUACACAAACGCCUAUAACUGUACUUACCCCAGCCUUCCAGCGCUGCCGGCAAACACUGCGGCGAGUCCGCUAAUGAGCAUGAGCCUCAGCAACCUCGGGACGCACUCCCAACCCCAGACAGCCCAAGGGACAGCCGUUUCACCAUGCCAAGGACCUCUGCAGGGCAUCCGCGCCUGGUAGUGCAAUUUUGUAGACCCCCAAAAUAACAAGCUUCACGCCCGUAGCAGCCCCAACGGCAUGAUAUAUGAUUUUUUUAUUAUGACUAUCAGUAUCACUCUAAGGUUAACAGUAUGGACACUUUACGUUGGAGAAGUUCGUGUAAACAACGUUGCGAUUGUUGAAUGCAUGUAAAUGAAGUUGUUGUGUUUGUUUGUUUUUAUUUUCUUUGCUGAUGAAAUGACUUUGUUGAACGUAAAGUAUUAGUGUUGAAAGCGCUGACAUCUCAUUGCAGAUUUAUGAAACUCCUGUUUUCUGCGCUGGACCAAAUUUUGAACACAGUCUAGACACUGUGGCACUAGCAGAGCUACGAACAAAAUGCCUUGACCAGUCGUUACUCAAUCUUUAACAGAAUGGGAAUGUAUUGGUCGUCACAAAGCAGCUUCACAGAGCCCAUAACCUCCAGUGAUCCUGUGUGUUAUAUCCACAUUCAGACACGCUUCCUCUCCGUUUACCACUGAGGCAUUUCAAAUAAAAAUUAAAAAGUAUGUGAAAAUAAUAAUAUAAUGGGUCUAAAUUAACAGCCUAGUCUUUGCUAUCGGGCGCAGGUCGAGGCUUCAUUACGGCCUCUGUCUAUAAUCAGCGUGUUAAAACCUUUUAGCCUGUCUCGCUAUCAUAAUGGUCAUCUGAUGCGCAGUUAAGCAGUUUUGCACCCCCCGUCAGCCCCCUUUCUAGGAGGGAGGGGGGCGUAAUUAAUGAAGCAGCGCCAAACUCUUCACGUAUGAGACUGUGAGUCAAUGUGUAAUGUCUGAUAAACAUGUUGUUCCAAGGAAACAAAGACACAAGGGAGAAAAACGCGAAAGUGACAUUUUAUAUGUUUAUUGAUUGUGCAUGAGAGCAGUUACGAAAUAAAUACAGACAUAAUAAUAUUCUAUUCGAUCUAUGAGUAAAUAAAUGUGGUGGACGGGGUUGAAGACUCGAGACGCGGAAUCAUCCGCAUUUUCCCAAAAAGUUUUCAAGCACGAGCCCAUUUGUUGGAGGGACCGUUCGUGCUGAGAGAGGCCAGACGCCCACUGAGCUCGCUGACGAAAAGCAGAAGCCUGACGGGGAACUUAAACAGACAUAAAGGAUGGACAUUAAUAUCGGAGUUGGGUCAUUCAGCGAGACUCCAUUGCAACUUUGCGCUAUAUCUGUAAUACGCAUCCGUAAUUAUAGACCUCAGAGAGAGAGAGAGAGAGAGAGAGAGAGAUGAUUAUGAUGUGAUUUAAUAGGCUUUUACCGUUGUUAAAAUUGGCUAAUGUCAUCUGGACAGACUGUAAUGAAACGACUUCACAGAAAUGCUGCUAAAUAAAUACAAGGCGAGGUCUGGGGGAGGGAGGGAGCUUUAGUGCAUUUUCCACGCAUCACAGACUGUUUUAACCAUAACGAUACACAUCGAAUUCACACGGGUUAAAUCAAGCUUUGGUAGAGGCUGUUUAAUUUGGGCCAUUAGGGCCCCAGAGGCCCUGAGUUUAUCCUACAAGACUUGCCGAGGUUUGCCACUGCACACGCUUUUAAUGGAGAUGAAUAGAAAUGUAAACAGAGCGUCAGAGUGGGUUUGUCUGCGCUGAUAGCGCGGAUGAGCACUUCUCUUGACUACUGCACUACCGGUAGGACAUACCUGGUGUCAGGAUAAGUGGCCCGGAGCCUUCAGUGUAAAUAAUGCUGGCGACAGAGCGGCGAUGCCUCGGGACUCCGCCUCGCCGCGGCGCGUCCACAGACCGCGAUCUGUAUCUGUGGAGGAGAUAGAAGCUCUUCCAUCAGGCUUAGGGGGCCUAGAGUUUCCCUAAACAAUGUCUCCUGGGCAAUAGUAGUCAGGGCUGAGCAACAUUUGGACAGAUUUCAGCCCUGCUAGAGAUGGAUGGCUGGCAUUGCAGGAUUACCAUCAACAAUUAACGUCAAUCCGGCUGGACUCAAAUCCUGAACUAGUUCAUUCAGCUUGCGCGUCGUUCUGCGAUCUGGCUGCACCAGAUGAGAGUAACCGAGAUGAGACAAGAAGACCUUUGGUCUCAGACCUUGUUAUUUAACGCAUUUGUCCUUUUUUAAGCACAGGACACGGACGCCCAGUACACCUGAUGGUUUACACCAGAACUAUGUUUUUCUGCGUGUAAACAGAAGCAAAGGACAGACACCCCAAUAUGGUGAUAAGGCUCAGUCACCAUAAACACGCACCCAACAGUGUUUAUUUAGCAGUAUGUGGGUUCUGGUGGGAUUGCAAACAGGAGACAAGCAUCACAUUAAAGUCAGAGCGUUUAAAAUAAAAUGCAGAAGCAGGGGUCGCGUAGCUUGACUGGCCUAUGUGGGCUGGUGGCUGUUUGCACAUGUGAAUAAUCAAACCAAAUAAACUUGUAUAUCACACAGUAAA